AUGUUCGCCUCCAAGCGGUUAGGAAAGGAGCUUGCUAAGAUGCAAACCCAUCUACCUCCUGGUAUCGAGAUAGUGCAAGCCGAAAAUUUCGAGCAAUGGCUCAUGGACAUCCGCGUUCUCGACUCGAAUCCCCUCUACCAAGACCAGACCUUCCGACUCAAGCUGAUGUUCAGCUCAAAAUACCCUAUUGAACCACCAGAAGUCGUAUUUGUCAAAAUCUCCCAACCCACAGACACACCCCGCGCCAUUCCGAUCCAUCCACACAUCUACUCUAACGGUUUCAUCUGUCUGGACCUGCUCUCCUCAGCCGGCUGGUCGCCCGUCCAAACUGUCGAAAGCGUCUGCAUGAGUUUACAAAGCAUGUUGACCGCCAACACCAAGAACGAACGUCCGCCCGAUGACACCGAGUUCGUGAAAGGGAACAAGAGGAGGCCGCGGGACGUCAAUUUUUACUAUCAUGAUGAUAAUGUUUAA